UUCAUCUCACUUGUAGGAUUAAACUAUGGGUCAAGCAUGGGGUGGCAUUCAAGUGGAUCAGUCUACAGUUGCUGUUAGGGAGCAUUUUGGGAAGUUUGAUGAUGUGCUUGAGCCAGGGUGUCACUGCAUACCGUGGUAUUUUGGGUACAAGUUAGCUGGGAAAUUAUCAUUACGUCUUCAACAGCUUGAUGUUCGCUGUGAAACAAAAACUAAGGAUAAUGUCUUUGUCAAUGUGGUUGCAUCUAUUCAAUACCGUGCUUUGUCAGGAAAAGGAGCUGAUGCUUUCUAUAAGCUUUCCAACACCAAGGUGCAAAUCCAAGCCUAUGUUUUUGAUGUUAUUAGGGCAAGUGUACCAAAGUUGGACUUGGACUCUGCUUUUGAACAGAAGAAUGAUAUAGCAAAAGCUGUGGAGGAAGAACUUGAAAAGGUGACUGAAAAACAAAUAGGUGGAAACCUAACAGCACCAAGUCAUCCUUCAAAAUGGAAGUGCGACAGAAGUAACUGCCAAUGGAUAGGAUUUACUGAGAUCAAUGGUCUCUACAUUUAUGGCUCUGGUACUAUUAAUGCCCAGGGUACCAAAUGGUGGGGUUCCUCCAAUGUCAAUCACACUAGAAAGGCAAGAAGCCUCCUCUCUCACUUCAUUUAA